AUGGACCUCAGCUUGUCACUGCAAAGGGGGGAAGACAAAGUCAUGCUUUACAAAGGACCACGGCUCUUGGAGUUGGCCAAAACUCCCACUCAUCUUCAGUUCAACAAGUUCGUGUUGACGGGUUACCGGCCAGUGUCCACUGCACAGGAAUGUCUCAGGAGCCUCUUCUACAUGCACAAUGAGCUGGGGAACAUUUACACCCAUGGUAUCCCAUUCUUCCUGUUCUUGGUGCUGCUGCCAUUCAGUAUUCCCUGGAUGGAGGUGGACUGCACCUGGCUGUGUGUAGCGCACUAUCUGGCCUGCCUCAGCCCCACCAUUGGCUCAGUGCUGUACCAUGUGUUCAUGAACCACAUUGGGGGAGAGCAGGUGUAUGACACUCUUCUUUCCCUGGACAUGUUUGGGGUCUGCUUGGUGAAUACACUGGGUGCACUUCCCAUCAUCCACAUCACUCUCCUUUGCUACCCCCGCCUGCAGCAGGCCGCCCUCUUGAUCUACAUCUUACUGUCUGCUUAUGGGAUCUACUGUGCCACUACUGCACGCACCAAUGUCUUGCGCCUCAAGGCCUUUGUAUGGCAGGCCCUGUUCCGCUUUGGCCUCUUUUUGUUUCGGGUGUACGGCAGUGGUGUGGGCAGCCCUAACUCUAUGCGCCUCUUUGUGAUCAUGGACUCCUUGGCUGUGCUAGGAGGUGUGGUCAAUAUUAUUCAGAUCCCAGAACGCUUCAGCCCAGGCCUGUUUGAUAACUGGGGCAACAGUCACCAGAUAAUGCACGUCAUGGUCAUAUGUUCUAUCAUUUACCUUCACUGGGGCACACUUGAAGAUUUAGCCUGGAUUAAGAGCUACCAGUGUCCUACUGAGUAA